AAGCUUGACAUUCACUCAAACCAGCUUAUAAACCUUCCAGAGUCAUUUGGUGAGUUGAGCAAUCUCACUGAUCUUGAUCUCCAUGCAAACCUGUUGAAGUCUCUGCCAGCUUCAUUUAGGAACUUGAUUAACCUCAUUACCCUUGAUUUGAGUUCAAAUCAGUUCACCCAUUUGCCUAAUGUAAUUGGGAAAUUGGCCAGUUUGAAGAUAUUGAAUGCUGAAACAAAUGAGCUUGAGGAAUUGCCUUACACGAUUGGAUCCUGCACAUCACUUGUGGAGCUACAUUUGGAUUUCAAUCAGCUAAGAGCUCUGCCAGAGGCAAUUGGAAAGCUCAAAAGCUUAGAGGUUCUUGCACUUCACUACAACAGAAUUAAACGGUUGCCAACAACUGUUGGGAAUCUUAACAAUCUGAAGGAGCUUGAUGUCAGCUUCAACGAAAUAGAAUCCAUACCCGAAAACUUGUGCUUUGCAGUGAGCAUAAAAAAACUGAAUCUGGCAAACAAUUUUGCAGACUUAAGAGCCUUGCCACGAUCAAUCGGAAAUCUUGAGAUGCUUGAAGAGUUGGAUAUAAGUGAUGAUCAGAUUAGAACUUUACCACACUCCUUCAGACUUUUGUCAAAACUGAGAGUUUUUCGUGCCGAGGAGACACCUUUGGAAGUUCCACCAAAAGAAGUUAUAAAAAUGGGUGCCCAGGCAGUUGUACUGUACAUGGCAGAUUAUGUUGCCAAGAUAGAGAAUGCUACAUUUCAACUAUUGAAGAAGAAGAAGAAGGGAUUUUGGUUCUGGUUUUGCUCAAAACUUUGCUCCAUUGGUAGAAAUUCAACCAAGAACAAGCCUGUACUAGUUUGAAACCUUGCUUACAAUUUUUUCCUCUGAAGAAAUUGUGCCACAGUAAUGGCCUAUUGCCCAUAUUUAUUCGAGUGAGACCGAAAACUUUUCUACUUGUAUAGUGGUUUUGCUUGGGCCUAGUGGGUUGAGAGAGAAAAUGUAACAAAACAUCAUACCCUAUUAUAUUAUGUGUGCAGAUAAUAAGUUAAUAACUCUUACUCUUUGAGAUAAUUUUUGUUGAUACAAUUAUGAAA